UGUUUGAUAGUGAGCUUCAAUGUGCUGUUGUGAGAGAAACAUGGUGUGAGAUCCGAGCUUCGCUGCCUGCAGUGUCGACAGACCGAGGAACAAAAGGCGCCAUUAAAGCUCAGGGUCUGGGACUUAGCAAACAAAUAACCGUAGCCCGAAUGAACAGUUAAAUUAUUGCAUAAAAUGAGCCACCAUUGCCUUCUUUUUCCCCUUCAGCGUUAGCAUCGCAGCCUCCCUGACAGCACAGUCCUGCGCGUAAGUACUAGACUCUACUCAUGUAUUCCUGCGCAAAGGGGUUGUGCUUUUUGGAGGGAGGAGGGGGGUUGGGAGCGUAAACGGAAACCCAAAAUAUUCACGAACACCUUAAGGUGCAUUAAACUGCACGUUUUAGAAACAUCGUUUCUUGUCCACCCCAAACGCCCUGGCGCUCGGGGUGUUUGUCCGCAUCGACGCGUGGCAUGUUGUGCCCGAGAGGGGACUAUUUUGCGAGAGCGCAGAAGCCUCGCGCGACGUGCCGGAUCUGCUUUCUGUGUGUGUUGGGUGAAUGGAGGCGCAGCUCUUCCUGGUGAACAAACACUGACAACUAUAGGGCAGCCUAGCGAUACCCGCUUCCCAGAACGGCCACACACACCUUCUCCUUCACCCCCAAAACAACCCUAAACAUGGCUGCUGAGCGUAAACACAUCGCGCAGUUGAAAUCCGAACUGUACUUCCUAAUAGCCCGGUUUUUAGAAGCUGGACCUUGUCAGGACGCGGCAGAGACCUUGAUACGGGAGGUUCAGGAGAAGGAGCUGUUACCCAAAAGGAUUGACUGGACUGGCAAAGAACACCCAGGGAGUUACGAAAAUUUGGUCAAAUUGUACAGGCACAUUUCUCCAGAUCACCUGUUGCAGGUGUGUGAGCGAGUGAGUCCUCUUUUAGAGAGAGAAGUGCCAGCCAGUGUACCUGGAGUUAACUCACUGUUGGGAGCUGGACGCCAGUCAGUGCUACGUACAAACAAGAGUUGUAAGCACGUGGUAUGGAAGGGGUCCGCCCUCGCAGCCCUGCAUUGUGGCAGGCCGCCCGAGCCGCCAGUCAUCUAUGGAAGCCCGCCCAAUAUUGUGGAAACAAUAUACAGUCGGAGGCUGAAUGGCUCAUAUCGGUUGGGUCAGUUGGUUCCUACAGCUGUUUACCAACAUAUGAAGAUGCACAAGAGAAUUCUGGGACACCUGUCAUCUGUGUACUGCGUCACCUUCGACCGCACCGGUCGCCGCAUCUUCACAGGUUCGGACGACUGUCUGGUGAAGAUCUGGGCAACGGAUAAUGGGCGUUUGCUGGCGACACUGAGAGGUCAUGCGGCAGAGAUUUCAGACAUGGCUGUGAAUUAUGAGAACACCCUGCUGGCAGCCGGCAGCUGUGAUAAAAUGAUCAGAGUGUGGUGCCUGCAGACCUGCGCCCCGCUGGCAGUACUGGAGGGCCACGCGGCAUCCAUAACAUCAUUACAGUUUUCUCCUCUGUGCAGUGGCAAUAAGAGGUUCCUGUCCUCCACUGGAGCUGACGGGACCAUCUGUUUCUGGCAGUGGGAUGCACGCACGCUCAAAUUCGGGCAGCGACCCAGCAAAUUCAUUGAGCGGCCCAGACCAGGCGUGCAGAUGAUCUGUUCCUCUUUUAGUGCAGGUGGGAUGUUCCUGGCGACAGGCAGCACUGAUCACAUUAUUAGGGUUUAUUACUUUGGAGAUGGACAACCAGAGAAGAUAUCUGAGCUGGAGUCUCACACUGACAAAGUCGACAGCAUCCAGUUCUCCCAUGGUGGCGAUCGGUUUGUGAGUGGCAGUAGAGACGGCACAGCGCGGAUAUGGCAGCUGCAGCAGCAGGACUGGCGAAGCAUUCUCCUGGACAUGGCCACUAAGCUACCUGGCAAGUACAACCCUCCACCUUUAGAGGACAAAGUUACCAAACUGAAGGUGACUAUGGUGGCCUGGGAUUGCAAUGACAACACAGUCAUUACCGCUGCAAACAACUUGACAUUGAAAGUGUGGAACUCGUACACAGGGAACCUUAUUCAUGUAUUGAUGGGCCAUGAGGAUGAGGUGUUUGUGUUGGAGCCACAUCCAUUUGAUUCCAGAGUGCUUUUCUCUGCUGGGCACGACGGAAACGCCAUCGUCUGGGAUCUGGCAAGAGGAGUCAAAAUACGCUCUUACUUUAACAUGAUCGAGGGUCAGGGCCACGGUGCGGUCUUUGACUGUAAGUGCUCUCCAGAUGGGCAGCACUUCGCUUGCACGGACUCCCAUGGUCACCUGCUCAUCUUUGGCUUCGGCUCUAGCAGCAGAUACGACAAGAUAGCAGAUCAGAUGUUCUUCCACACUGAUUAUCGGCCGCUUAUCCGUGAUGCCCAUAACUUUGUGCUGGAUGAACAGACCCAGCAGGCACCUCAUCUCAUGCCACCGCCAUUCCUGGUGGAUGUGGACGGGAAUCCUCACCCUCCACGCUACCAGAGACUGGUUCCUGGCAGAGAGAACUGCAGAGAGGAACAGCUCAUACCCCAGAUGGGGCUCACGUCAUCAGGGCUGAAUCAGGUGGUUAGUCAGCAAGCUGCAGAAGGCUCUAGUCCUCUUGAUAGUAUGAUCCAGAGACUACAGCAAGAGCAGGACCAGAGACUGGGGUCUGACACCAGAGCCAGCAGAGGAUCCGUCAGUUCUCCCACAGAGGUCUCUUCUCCACCUAAUGUGGGUCUGAGACGCAGUGGACAGAUUGAAGGUGUUCGCCAGAUGCACAGUAACGCUCCACGCAGUGAGAUUGCCACUGAGAGAGACCUGGUGGCAUGGAGUCGAAGGGUCCUCGUUCCUGAACUAUCACCAGCUAUAGCUUGUAAGCAGGAGAUUUGGCGUGCAGCUAAAGGAGAAGAGGAAAUCAACGUCUACAGGUCAGAAAGGAGGAGACGCAGCGUACACAGCCAGUACCACAGAGAAAACCGGCAUGCUAUAGAAAAUUCUAUGGAGGAGGGGCGCCGUCACCAGGGUAACCAGCAUAACUACCAUACACGAUUGGCCGUGGAGGAAACGAGUCGUCAGAGUGAACCUAACGAGGAAGAACACAGUGCUUCUGAGGGAGAACCCGAAGCAAGACCUCCGAGCAGAGAAUCAUCAGAUGAGGAAAGGGAGGAAAAAGAACCCUGGCCUGAUGAUAACAGCAGCUCCAGCGAUUACUCCAGCGAUUACUCAGACUGGACAGCAGAUGCUGGAAUAAACCUGGAACCGCCCAAGAAGACCAGCGUGAAGAAAAAGAAGAAGAAUGCCAGCAGCUCGGAAGAAGAUGGAGAGAAGAAAAAAGACUCCAAAAAGGAGAGGAGGAAAGAAAAGCAGGACAAAGAUGGAGCACUACCAAAGAAGAAGAAGCCAAAGGAGAAACGGAAGAGGAUACCUGAACUGCAGAACCAGGGUUUGACUUUAGAGGAAUGGCUGCCCUCCGCCUGGAUCACUGACACCAUGCCACGGAGAUGCCCCUUCACCCCACAGAUGGGCGAUGAGGUAUAUUAUUUCCGUCAAGGCCAUGAAGCUUAUGUGGAGAUGGCCAAAAAAAAUAAGAUCUUCAGUAUAAAUCCUAAAAAACAGCCCUGGCACAAGUUAGAGCUCAGGGAGCAGGAGCUGUUGAAGAUAGUGGGCAUUAAGUAUGAGGUGGGUUUGCCUACUCUGUGCUGUCUGAAGCUGGCCUUCCUGGACCCAGACACUGGCAAACUGACGGGUGGCUCUUUCUCUAUGAAAUACCACGACAUGCCUGAUGUCAUCGACUUCCUGGUACUUCGCCAGCAGUUUGAUAAUGCAAGACAGAGGAAUUGGAUGAUAGGUGAUCGUUUCCGGACAGUGAUAGAUGAUGCCUGGUGGUUUGGUACGAUUGAGAGUCAGGAGCCUUACCAGGCUGAAUAUCCAGACUCUCUGUUCCAGUGCUACAACGUCUGCUGGGAUAAUGGAGAUACAGAAAAGAUGAGCCCAUGGGACAUGGAGGAGAUUCCCAAUGAAGCAUUUCCUGACGAGUUAGGUCUGAGUGUGCCUCUAACUGAGGAGGAGCAGAAAGCCUUAUUGUACAAGCCUCUAGAAGGAGAGUGGGGCUCACGCACACGUGACGAAGAGUGUGAGCGCAUCAUCAGGGGCAUCGACCAGCUUUGCACUUUGGAUGUGGCUGCGCCAUUUGAACUGCCAGUGGACUUGCAGGCAUAUCCAACGUAUUGCACCGUAGUUGCUUACGUCACAGAUCUGAGCACCAUCCGACAAAGACUACAGAACCGUUUCUAUAGGCGAAUGUCAUCGUUGAUGUGGGAGGUACGCUACAUCGAACACAAUGCUCAAACCUUCAAUGAACCAGGCGCAUUCAUUGUCAAAACUGCCAAAUUCGUAUCUGACCUCAUGCUACAAUUUAUCAAGGACCAAAGCUGUACAGAUAUUAUUCCGCUGUAUAACAGUAUGAAGAAAACCGCUUUCUCAGAUUCAAGCGACGAUGAAGAUGAGGAUGAGGAUGAAGAACAUGAGGCACCUUGUACAUCUAGCCGCAAUAAGAAGAGGCAGCAGCAGCAGCCUAUCCUGAGGAGUCUGCGCAGUAAACCAUCAUCAGACCCUCAGAGCUGGAAGGGGCGCUGCAAAGAGCUGCUGGAGCUCAUCUUUCAGUGUGAAGAUUCAGAGCCUUUCAGACAGCCUGUGGAUCUGGAGGAGUAUCCGGACUACUUGGACAUUGUGGACACUCCUAUGGACUUUGGGACUGUGUUGAACCGCCUGUUAGAAGGAGAGUAUGACACUCCCAUGGAUCUUUGUAAAGAUGUACGUCUCAUCUUCAGCAACUCCAAAGCCUAUACACCCAGCAAAAAGUCCAGGAUCUAUAGCAUGAGUCUGCGAUUGUCUGCUCUGUUUGAAGAGCAUAUCAGUUCGAUCCUGACCGAUUUUAAAGCUGCUCAAAGUCUGCACAGUGAGCGAUUCACCCGUCAGCGGCUGCACACCGAGCGCUUGACCAGACAGUCUGUGAAAAGAAGGAGGAGUUCUUCACAUUCAAGCUCCGCCUCUAGUCCAGAAAGGAAGCGUCGGGUUUCGUCUCGCGUUCCUCCUCGAUCCGACAAUGCAGCUCCGCCCACUCCUGCUGGACCUUCCCGGGCUCCUUCUUUACGGCAAACACAUCCACAAAUCAAUGGCAAGGCUGAGGCUCCUGUUGUCCCCGGUCGGACGCGAAGCUCAGCCCGCUUUGGAACCCAACUCACAGAUGCACCCUCUACACAGUCAGCUCCUCCCCCUCCACCCAGCCACAGUAAGACAGCAGAGCCCUCCUCUAGAGUCCUGCGCACCCAGAACUCUCACUCCAUUGGUGCCUCCAGGGAAACCGAGAGCUCUGCAGUUCCCCACACAAAUGAAGGUGGGGCCAGAGAGUCUCGCAGGAAACUUCGGACACCUGUAAAACUCACACCAGGUCCAGUCAAUCACAGCUCUUCUCCUCAAAACAGUUUGCAUUUGAAUGGUCAUAGUCAAGUGACUCUGGGAGUGGUACGAAGAGGCCGGGGCCGACCCAGAUUAGAUGCACAAAUACAAACGCCAGUAGAGGUACCGCCACCCCCACUGCCCCAGGCCUCUGGAAAAAAGAGAGGGAGGAAAAGCAAGAAAGAGCUGGAGUCCCUACGAAGAAGCUCCUCCCACGAGGAGGAGCUUCUUCUGUCUACCGGCGAUGAGGGCGGGGCUUCCUCUACAGCCCAGGACAGUAGUCUUUCAGAUUCAGGGGUAGUGACUCCAGAGUGUCCCAAACAACGAGGUAGACCGCGAGUCAUCCGGACGCCGGAUACCCCAGCUCCUCCAAGCCCUAAAGCUCUCAGAAGGAGCAGUCGACGUGGAAACGAAGAAACCACGCCCCCUACGCCAGGCCCUGCCCAAAGGGAGGAGCCUGACAUUUAUAUGGGAGAGGAUGGGAGCUCGAAAGGGCAGAUGAGAACGCGUAACCAAGGCCGAAGGACAGCUUUCUAUAACGAAGAAGACUCUGAGGAAGAGCAAAGACAACUUUUGUUUGAGGAUGCCUCGAUUACUUUCGGCACGUCAAGCAAAGGGAGAGUCCGCAAGCUCACCGAGAAGGCCAAAGCCAACCUUAUUGGCUGGUAACAAUGCCAACUUUGCAUGUCCUAUGUGACACAACCCCUUAUCCUUGCCCCAUUGGGGAGGGGGAACCAUUCCUGCUGCUAUCAGACUGUCAUGAUUAUCUGAAUCUUUCAUUCUGACUCUCAAAAUUGAUUCUCACGUUUUGAAUCGUUGACUCUUUUGGUGACUUCAAGAGUCACGGCCCCUUGAAAUCCCCCACCUUAUACAUUUUCUUCCACAGAAAAUCACAAAUGCAGUUAAAUACUGAUUUUCAUAUGCACUAUUUGAAUGCCAGUGAAGAAAGGUACUUAUACAGUCUUAUGAAUCCAAAUAACCUGAUUUCAUCUCUCAAGAAAGCACUUAUUUGAGGACGUUUGAGUGUGUGUGAGUGUGGUAUAACUUGAGCUUUUACUCUGUCUGGUUUCUUUAAACUGUUAAUUUUAUGCAUUGUUUUUACACGGUUGUUGCUAAGGGCAACAAAUCAAACACUUGUUCAAAAAAAUCUAUUUUUAACAGAUCAUGGUGUAAGUGGCUGUAAAGCUGUAGUGGAGUGCAGAGAAGGACCUCAUAAAUCGCGUGUUGUCUUUUUAAUGUCUUUCUCUGUGAGUCAAGAUCAGUGGCAGUGGUAAUUCACGCAUGUUUUUAUAUAAUUAGCAAUACCUUGUGCCUUUUCAUACAUUCAAUACAUAUUGGCUCCUUUGUACUCCCCAGUUUGUGUGAGAGAGUGUGUUUGAUGCUUUAGCGCGUUGAUUCAUCCAUUACAAAUGUGUGUUAUUGAUCUGUUGCUGGGAUAGAGAUUAGUGAGCAGCAUAUCUACCCAUGACCACUGUGUGUGUGUGUGUGCGCGCGUGUGCGUGUGUGUGCGCUUGCGUUGAGUUCAUGCAGUUGUUGAGGUGUGUAAUAGUUGUGACAUUAUCACUCCACGCCUGUUUUAUCAGGCUCCCAAAAUGCACUGUGAUCCCUAACUAGAGCCAUGACUUAAAAAUACAGUGGCCACAAGAAGUGUUUGAACACUGAAAACAACCGUUUUAAAAUGUCUGAAUGUCAUUGUAUUAGAGAAUGAAAUAUCAAAGCAGGUGGCAUCUCCAUAUAAAUGAUGGUAGAGAUUUUCACAGAACUAACUUCACUUUCCAUGGCAGUUUUUGAAAAUAUGGCUGACUAUUUAAUGUUAAUUUGGAAACAAAUUAUGUGAUUAAUUAAUGAUGAAUAAUUAUUAAUGCAUAAUAAUUGUUAAUUAAUGGUAGUUAUUUUUUAACAGUUGUCUAAAAAUGAUUGCAAAAAUAUUUUCAGUUUUAAACUGAUUUGACCAAGGCUGUUUAUUUGAUUAGAAAUACAGUAAAAAUAGUAAUAUUGUGAAUUAUUAUUAUUAUUAUUAUAACAAAGUAAUUUUACAAUAUUAAUAUAUUUAACAUUUUAAUAAUGUUAAUAUAUUUAAUAUAUAAUCAGUGAUUUCUUUUUAAAUAUAUUUUAAAAUGUAAUUUAUUUCUGUGAUGGCAAAGCUUAAUUUUCAGCAGCCAUUACUCCAGGCUUCAGUGUCACAUGAUCCUUCAGAAAUCAUUGAAAUACGCUGAUUGGUGUUCAAGACACAUUUCUCUUAUCUAUCGAUGUUGAAAACAGUUAUGCUUCUUAAUACUGAUACAAUUUUGAUGCAUGACUGCAUUUAUUUGAAAUGUAUAUCUUUUGUAACAUUAUACAUUUCUUUACUGUGACUUUUUCAAUUUGUUGAAUUAAAAUAUUAAUUUCUUUCAAAAAAUAAAUAAAUAAGUAAAUAAAUAAAAUGUGCUGACCCGAAACUUUUGGAAGGUAGAAACAAUUGCAUCUACUUCAAUUCAUUGAAAAAUCAUGAUCAAAUUAAUUUUGAUUAAUUCUUAAUCAAAUGACAGUGACAGCCCUACUUUUCUUUUAACCUAACAAUAUACCCAUCAGCAAAUGUGUUUUUGUGAAAUAUUUUGCUUUUAACAUUUGCUUUGUUCUAAAGUGCCUCUUAGUUUGAUGUUGUGAUAUUUAAUGCAAUGACAUUCAUAUAUUUAUGGCAUUUCUCAUAUGUUCAAGUGCUUUUGAUGCCACUGUUUGAUGCUUCUUCAAACCACUAUUGACAGAGUUAUUAAUAUGUGUGUGUAGCGAAGUUCAUUGCCUCAGUCCCCACACUCUGCCUGUAGUUUCAUCUAGCCCGGAGAGCAGGCCUCUUUCUCUGUAUUAGCUAAACUCAUUGAAUUACUGUGGAACUGCUCAUUUCAUUAGCAGAGAGGACUUUUGUUUUUGCCCGAUCACAUUGAAACACUGUGUUUGAUAUUUCCCGUUCUGAUGCAUCGACUCGGCUUCAGUAGAAACCGCAGGGCAGCGAAUCACACAAGAGGCAGUGUGCAUGUCGUAUUCUGUGUUUUGAAUGUGCCUUGACUUUUUGUGUGUAUGUACGUGUCUUGUGUGAUGUAAAACUGAAGAAUUAAGGUAUUGUAUCCCACCUUGAAGUCCGGACUCACAUAUGCAGCAUAGUCUCUUUUUGAGAAAGCCGGAUCACAUUCAGUCUGGUUUGUCGCCAUAUGAUUUUGUAGGUUCUUGCGUACUUUCAGCAGUUGUGGUCUGGGUCAUCCAUUACGAUAGCGCUAAUCCAGCCCAUAGCUUUAAAACUGGUUUGAUGAACCAAAGCCUUUGAACGAGUGUGUGGUUGUUUGAUGGGAACAUAUGUGGCUGUUUUAUAUGCAGUUGACGCAUGUCUGAGAUUCUCGAGUGUAUGUGAUGUCCAUUUCUGUGUGUGUUUAUGUACAAGCCCCAUGUUUUAUUGAGCUGGUGUUUCUAAUCUGUUGCUACAUGAAAACUGUAUUAUAUCUGAUUCACGACCCCUCUAUUACCACCAUACUGCACAGGAAGUGACAUCUCACGGACUGAUUGACAGGUUUUAGAGUGGAGAUCAAAGAUGGAUGCAUGUUAGUAUAUUCUCUGGUCUUUUAAAUCUGAAGGUACAGUCAUGUUUGUGGGGUCAGGGUCUUUUUCCCCUCUCCGGUCUUAUAUCCUCAGACUGAGAGGUCUUUCUAUGUUAGUUUGUAUACUUUUAUAUAAAGGAAAAAGUGUAAAUAAAGACGUUAAAUAGAAUGUAUGUGUAGGGUGUACUGCUGUCACAUUAGUUCAUACUGAUAUUUUAAGGAAAUAAACAUUUGUG